AUGAAUAUAGUUGGAGAACCUCCGAAGCGGGCAAAAAUCGAUUAUGCUCUAGCAUUCGACAAUAUCGACCUUGAAAAGGUGAAAUUUCCUCAUGAUGACCCUUUAGUAAUUACCCCAGUGAUUGGAAACUCGUCCGUAAAGAGAGUGCUCGUUGAUAAUGGAGCCUCGGUAGAUAUCUUGUUCUAUGAUGCUUACGAAAAGAUGGGGUAUUCUGAUACUCAGUUAACACCCUCUGACAUGCCUAUAUAUGGCUUCAACAAUGUGGAAACCAAAAUUGAAGGCAUGAUCCAACUUCCGGAAGAUUUGAAACAAGAGUUUGUGAGGUUCUUGAGGAACAACCGUGAUGUUUUCGCUUGGACAGCGGCUGAUAUGCCAGGUAUCGACCCCUCAUUCAUAACACAUAAGUUGAAUGUAAACCCCGUGAGGAAACCUAUUAAACAGAAGAAAAGGAACUUCGCCCCUGAAAGCAACCAGGAAGUCGGGGGGCAAGGAGACAAGGCAGAAGAACCUACUAAUAAAGAAAAACCCAAAGAAUAUUGGCUACUAUUUUUUGACGGGGCUUCAAAAACAAAAGGUAGUGGUGCAGGACUUGUGCUCCAAAGCCCUGAUGGCUUUACAGUGGAAUAUGCUAUCAAGCUAGACUUUCCAACCACUAAUAAUGAGGCAGAAUAUGAGGCAUUGAUAGCUGGGCUUGGACUAGCCAGAACCUUGAGGGUAAAGAAUUUGAAGAUGGCACUAUUCGAAGAAUGCUUGGUAGAGUAUGUGCCAAGGGAGGAGAACGCCAAGGCUGAUGCCUUAUCGCAAUUUGCGUCCUCCGAUGAUGAGGUAUGCUCAGGAAGCGUUUAUUAUCAGGUUUUAAGAACCCCUAGCAUCGAAGCAAAGUUAGUUGCCCCCAUUGACACAGGGGCCACUUGGAUGGAUGAGAUUAAGUUGUAUUUACAAAACGGUCAUCUGCCGCCUAAUGCUGAUGAAGCACGGAAGUUACAGGUGAGGGCCCUUAAGUAUGUACUCAUUGAGGGGAUCUUAUAUAGAAAAUCGUUUGUGAUCCCUUAUUUAAGAUGUUUGAGGUCGGAUGAGGCUCGAGAAGCCCUUAGAGAAGUUCAUGAAGGGGUGUGUGGCCAACACCUUGGUGGAAGAGCAUUGGCUCAUAAAGUGACUCGCCUUGGAUUCUAUUGGCCAGACAUGCUGAAGCACGCUCAAGACUAUGUGAAAAGGUGUGAUCGUUGUCAAAGGUUCGCACCUAUUGUACGACAGCCACCUGAGAUGCUGACAUCUAUCAAUACUCCAAUCCCCUUCGCAAUGUGGGGGAUGGACAUUCUUGGACCAUUUCCACUUGCUAGCGCGCAGAGAAAGUUUCUAUUGGUUGCGAUUGAUUAUUUCACCAAGUGGAUUGAAGCCAAGCCGUUGGCCAAGAUAACCACCAAGCAAGUUGCUCAAUUCGUGUGGGAGAACAUUAUAUGCAGAGUUGAGAAAGCCCAGGGAUCAUGGGCCGAUGAGGUACUCCCUAUACUAUGGGCGUAUCGAACAACUUGCAAGGUUUCAACUGGGGCCACCCCUUUUCAGCUGGCUUAUGGGGCCGAGGCAGUGGUGCCCCUUGAAAUCACUCAUACAUCCUCCAGGGUCCAGCAGUAUGAGCCAGAAGCCAAUGAAGAAGGUAUGAGACUUGCACUUGAUAUGAUUGACGAGAUUCGUGACGAAGCUCAUGCCAAGACUGUGGAAAAUCAGAAACGAGCCUCCUAUUACUAUAACCUACGGGUUAAGGAGCGAUACUUCAGGGAAGGAGAUCUGGUACUUAGAAAAAUUGAGGCUUCUGGGGUAGGUCCCAAGGGCAAGAUGGCUCCAAAUUGGGAAGGCCCUUACCAAGUUAAGGCUGUCACAAGCCAUGGCUCAUACAAACUUCAGACCCUGGAAGGAGUUGAAGUUCCCAGAAGUUGGCACGCAACCAACUUGAAGAUAUAUUAUAUCUAA